AUGGAGAUUCUGAGACCGACGACUUCGCAUGUCUCCUCCGGUGGGAAGAACUGGCUAAUGGAAGAGACGAAGAGCAACGUCCUUGUCGAAGCUACCGGCGAAGGUGCCACGUGGACUGCGGCGGAGAACAAAGCGUUCGAGAAUGCUCUGGCGGUUUACGACGACAGCACUCCUGAUCGGUGGCAGAAAGUAGCCGCGGUGAUUCCGGGGAAGACGGUGAGUGACGUUAUCAGACAGUACAACGACCUGGAAGCUGACGUCAGCAGCAUCGAGGCCGGUUUGAUACCGGUCCCCGGUUACAUCACCUCGCCUUUCCCUCUGGACUGGACCGGAAACGGAUUCAAACCGGGUCACCCGGUUGGUAACAAACGGUCUCCGUCGGGUAGAUCGCCGGAGCUUGAGCGGAAGAAAGGUGUUCCUUGGACGGAGGAAGAACACAAGUUAUUUCUAAUGGGUUUGAAGAAAUACGGCAAAGGAGAUUGGAGGAACAUAUCGCGCAACUUUGUGAUAACACGAACGCCAACACAAGUCGCUAGCCACGCCCAAAAAUACUUUAUCCGGCAACUUUCCGGAGGUAAAGAUAAGAGACGAGCAAGCAUUCACGAUAUAACCACCGUGAAUCUUGAAGAUGAAGCAUCUUUGGAGACCAAUAAGAGCUCUAUCAUAAUCCCAGAGCAGCGUUCGAGGCUAACAGCGUUUCCUUGGAGCCAAACGGACAACAACAAUGGAACGCCUAGAGACGCUUUUCACAUAACGAUUGGAAACGCUAUUAGUGGCGUUAACUCGUACGGCCAGGCUCUGCUUGGAACGUAUAACAAUGCAGAUUCUAGCUACGACGCAGAAAGCACAAUGUUUCAGUACAGCGUAUGGUGA